UGUUCCAUCAAAGCUGGCUCAUGAUCUUUAGAACUUGGAUUUGGGCCUAUUGCAACGGAAAUUGGGCUAUGGCGUCGGCGGUAGAAAAUUCUGGGAGUGAGUCCCUUAGGGCGGUGGUCGAGGCUUGCAAGAAGAAGGAGUGGUCUAAAGCAAUCCGCAUCAUCUCGUCACUUCCUGAAACAACUAAUUCGCAUCUCCUCCUGUGUAAUAGAGCCUGGUGCUACAGCAAGCUGGAGUUGCACAAGCAUGUGAUUAAAGACGCCGAUAGAGCGAUUGCCAUUAAUCCCUCCACGCUUCAAGCCUAUCUGUACAAAGGACAGGCUCUUGCUGCUUUAAAGAAGCAUGUGGAGGCAUGUCAAGUGUGGCAGAAGGGUUACGAAUCUGCCCUUGGCUUGCCCGAAGAACUGCCGUUUGUCGUACAGUUGCACUCUCUGGCUAUGGGGUUGGAGAAGGCCAACUCAGAUACAGAAUUGCUUUCGAAGGCAUCAUCCGAGAACGAGGAAACUACCUCAAACAUUGUCAAGGCAGCGUCUUUGGACUCUUCUACUAGAAAUAGUAAAGUUGGUGCUGUUACGGUCACAGGAUCAGCUUCUGAACCAAUGGAGCACAUUUACGGAGUCUCCAAAAGUAGACAGAACAGGCUCUCUGUAACCGUGGACAUGAAAUUAUCAAAAGGCAUUCAACAGGUGAACCGUGGUAAUUACGAAGAGGCAGUUAACAUCUUCAAUUCGAUUCUGACUGAGAAUCCAAAAUCGUGUGGUGCGUUACUGGGACGAGGUACUGCUUAUGCUUUCAUGAGAAAACUUCAAAAAGCAAUAACUGAUUUUAGUAAGGCCAUUGAAGUGGAUCCGAAAACUACUGAGGCUUGGAAAAGGCGUGGACAAGCUCGUGCGGCUAGUGGAGAGAUUGCGCAGGCUCUUGAGGACUUAUCGCGUGCAGUCCAGCUGGAGCCUACACCUGAUUUAUUGCAUGAAAGAGGUGUUAUCAACUUUAAGCUCAAAAAUUUCUUUGCAGCCAUUGAAGAUUUAAAGGGCUGCCUAGCUCAAGAUACUCAUAACAAACACGCGUACAAUUACCUGGGAUUGGCCUUGUCAGCAACUGGUAAUUAUGUGGACGGCAUCAAAGCUCAGCGCAGGGCAGUUGAACUGGAUAAUAAAUUUAAAGAAGGAUGGGCGCAUCUUGCGCAGUCAUACAAAGAAUUGGCAGAUUCUGAAAAGGCGGUUGAGUGUUUGAAGAAGGCCACCGAAAUUGAUAAGAAAUAUGGAGGUGCAUAUAGAAUAUGGGGAAUCCUUCUGCACGGUCUAGGUGAACACAGAAAUGCGGCCAAGUUGUUGACCACUGCCUUAGAGCUUGACGCCGACACCAUGGAGUGCCUUUAUCUUCGAGGUUCUACCUUCCAGGCACUAGGAGAGUUCACGAAUGCUGUUGCAGAUUACACUUCCAUACUUGAGAUGGAGCUCGAUUCUUUAGAGAACAGAACUUUGCAGUAUUUGGCUUUCUAUCAGAAGGAGAAUUCAUUGUAUACAGUCACUAAACUUUCUCAGCCUUUCGGCCGAUUUGACAUGGACGGUGAUCUUAACCCUAUUUUCAAAGAAGCAUGGUGUAAGAGGCUCCCACCUGAUUUUUACUAUCAUGCGUAUAAACCCCAGCCUGCACUUAAGGACAGGUCGAAAGGGAGUCUCAGACUACAGGACACAGCACUUACCAAGAGUAAGAAGCUCCUCUUGGAUGCAGCUGCGGCGAUUGGGCGUCUGAUUCAGUAUGAUGCACCGGGAUUUUUGAAAAAUGUUCGGCAGCAACGCAUGGCUGGAUUUGCUGCAAUCGAAAUUGCACAAAAGGUGGCAUACACAUGGCGAACGAUGAAUGAAAAGCGAGACGAGUAUUUUCAAAGUAAAGAAAAGGCUGGGCGGAAAACUAAUCGAAAGAAUAGCAGCACUGUGCGAUCAAUGAAAAAAGGUGGACAGGAAAAUAAUCACGGAAUGGAUCCAUUUAUGUCUUCCUGGAGAGACGUUUACUCAAUAGCAGUCAAAUGGAGGCAGAUUUCAGAGCCUUGUGACUCCGUAGUGUGGGUUGACUUGCUGAAUGCGAAGGAGUUUGCAGCGGGAUUUGGAUCACACACUCCCAUGGUGCUUGGGCAAGCUCAAGUUAUUCGCUAUUACGCUAACUUUGAAAGAGCAUUCAAAAUUAUUAAGGAGCUUAUACAUGAGAGGGGCUAUGUUAACGAUGCAGCCAAUGAUCCUGUGAACAUGAAAGACCCUGCAAAAUUGAAGGAAGUGGAUGCAGCUAAAGAUUGCUCGGAUCUUUACAAAACGGUUGAGAAGGAUUUUUGGGUGUGUACACCUUGUAAUAGUACACACCAAGAAGGGAAAGUAUUAGAUGGUACUCGACUUACUCUGCAAAAACUAGACUCCCAGGGAUUUGACUUCUCGAUAAGGACACCAGGCACGCCACUACGUUGGGAAGAUUAUGAUGUCGAAUUGUCAGCUGCGUGGCAGGCACUGUGUGAUGCAUAUUGCAAUAAAGCUUAUGGAUCAUUGGAGCUAUCUGAUCUGGAGAAUGUGCGUGAAUGCAUAUUAAGGCUUUCAUUCUAUUGGUACAAUUUCAUGCCACUGGCAAGAGGCACAGCUGUUGUGGGUUAUAUCACAUUGUUAGGAUUAUUCCUUGCUGCCAACAUGAAGAUCACCACUUCCGUACCGAAAAACUUCCAGGUGGAUUGGGAAGCAAUUCUUUCACCGAAUUUGGACAUUUUUAGUCAGGCUGUGAAGCCCUGGCUCAAUGCUGGUACAUGUAUUGAUACGGAAUGGCAAUCUCUACCUGACGUUUCAUCCACCUUCAGCACCACGGGUGCUGUCAUUGGCGCAUUAUCUGUGCAGGAUUGGUGAAGUAUGGAAGUAUGGCAAGGGAGCAUUUAGGUUAGGAUGUUGAAAUUCAGUCAUUAUCGUGAAAGAGCAUAUGUCCAUUUAGGCUUUCUUGUUUUGUGGUAAAAUGCCGAAUCCUGGUUAGCAAGCUGUGGUUAAUAUCGUUUGUACCUAUUUCCGACACAUUCAUUUGUUCCUCUAUCCUAAUAUUCUGCGCCAGCUUUGAUGUCUGAAUUAUGUGAAACCCAGUUUGUAAUCUGGUUUCAUGCUAUCAAAUAUGAGAUUAUACAAUGUGCA